AUGCUCAUCGACGGCGAGAAGUUUGCCUGCGAGGCCUGCGUUCGAGGGCAUCGCGUCAGCAACUGCCAACACUCUGAUCGCCCACUGCAGCACAUCAACAAGAAGGGCCGCCCCGUGUCGCAAUGCCAGCAUUGUCGUUCCAUGCGCAAGUCUCGGGCAGCCCACGUCAAAUGCGACUGCGGCGAGAAGACGAGCAAGUGUGCUCAUUUGCAGCCUGCGCUCGAAGGUCAUCGAGAAACAUGUUGCUGCAACCAUGGUGGCCGAUGCACGUGCAGCCACAAGAAGGAGUCCGGCCUGGAUACUGUCCCGGAGGGCGAUCCGGCCAAGAGCCUUGACCAGGAGGUUCCCGCGCCGCGGCCGAGACCCCCCGUCCGACGCCGUCGUGCCAACACGGUCCACUCGGACGGUGCCAUGGCGUUCGACCAGAACGGCAACCGCAUCGUGCCCAAGCACAACCGGAUCGCCUCCAAGUGCGGCCCCUACCAACUCAGCCGCGUCAACUCGAUGCACAGCGCUGGCAGCCUCGGCAGCCACUCGCCCGACGGUUUGCCCGAUGGCAAGGAGCCCCUUGGUCGUGCGCGCGCCAUCUCGACCCAUCACCAGCGCCGCGUCAAGUCGGAGGCUGCGUCGCCCCUCCUCAACGGAGCCUCGGGUCUGCACCAUCUUAACGGGCAAUUGCCACCACUUGAUCUCUCUGGCAUCGAGUACCCACCAUACGUUCCCAACAGCACAUUCGACAUGUUCGGCGGCUCGGCCUUCUCCGAGCACGACGGUCCCAUCUUCAGCGCCGGCCUCAGCACGGCCGCUUCCGUGGACUGGAGCCAUAUCGAGCUGUCAGACAAGGGCGACAACUUUGCGCCCUCGAGCUACGGCCAGGCCUGCAGCCAGAGCUUCAGCGGCAUGUACGACUGGGGCACCGGGUCGGAGCAGGCCCCCACACUCGGCGGCACGACGUCGACAUCGGGCGAGGUGUCGGAGGUCGAGGACAAUUUCAUCUCGGGUGACCUCGAGUUUGAGCCGUUCGGCCAGGGUGACUAUCUCCGUUCGGGGCAGUUGUAUCAGACGCCGGGCACGGCCGAUCUCAGCAGCAUCGGCUACGACAAUUUUGUGAAGGACUCGACGAAACAAUUUGGCCUCGCGACGUCGUCUUCCUACGACGACGCCGGACCAGUAGCCGGUGCUUCGUACAACUUUGAGAACGACCCCGUCUUUUGGGGCCAGCAGUUCAACGACGGCAUCGCUACGUACGGCGGCGCCAACAACAACGAAUCGACAGACGGCGUGGCCCUCGGGGCCGAGACUUGGACCACCAGCGCUCAAUAG